AUGGUAAACUUUCGGCAGAUGAAACGCCCGACUCCCGCGCAAGGCUUGAAGGCGAUGAUUCGUUUCGGCAUCGUGUGUUUCUUUUUCGCCAUGACGGUGAACUUUAUUGCGACGCAUUAUCACUCGAGAUAUCCAUCCACAUCAUCAUCCACAUCAUCAUCUGCUUCAUUGGCGCGGAGCCAUGAUGAGUUCUCUUCCUCCUCGUACUUUCCGUCCUGGAUGUCGUCUUCUUCGCACGGUGAUGAGAAUGACGAAGAAGAGCACCACGACGACGACGACGACAACGACGCCCAUCAUCUUCAUCAUCCUCAUCGCCAUCGUCGCGACGACAGCGUUGAUAACUUUGCCGUCUCUUACGAUAACAACAACAACAACAACAACAACAACAUCGGAUGCUCGUCCUCUGCGACGAAUAAACGAGUGAAAAGCGAACCGUUAAAAACAGAAUAUACCGAUAUGGAUGUUGUCAUCGUCAUGGUGGCUCCCGUAUGUACGACGCAACAAGUCGUCGAACGCUUGAACUUUCACUAUCACUUUCGGAAGAUUUAUUUCGUCGUAAAACAGGUGGAAAUAUGCCCGUAUUUACGUUCAUUGGCGAAGAAUAUCAUAUGUUUGGACGAAAACGAAGUCAUACCUGGUGUCACGUAUUCCUCGUUAUCCGAACGAGGCGAGAAGUUGAAACAGAUUGGCCAAAAGGAAGGGUCUAAUCGAGUCGGAUGGUAUUUGCAACAAUAUCUCAAGUUGGGAGUGGCGUUACACGUGAAAGAUUUAUCGGAGUAUUAUUUAGUUUGGGACGCGGAUAACAUUGCCACGCGCCCGUUAGAGUUAGUGAAAGAGACGACGAAGAGCGAAAACUACGCGGUUCGGUUUUGCGCGAACCCGGUGACGCAUAAGAGCACCGGGUAUGCAAAGUUUUAUAAGCGCAUCGUAGGCGAUAAGUUGAUGAAACCAGGCGGGUACCCUAAAGACCCGAAAGGCGAUUCGUUUAACUACGUCUGUGGGUUUAUGGUAAUGAAAAAAGAAUACGUUCGGGAGAUGACGAAUUAUAUUACGCAUUAUUUAAAAACUGGAGCGGAUAGUCACUUGUUGCAACACUUGAGAGAGGAGGAGAAACGGUUCCCGUGGGACAUUCACGCCGUAGCCAACGAGGUUGCCACUGUCGAAGGUGGACACUAUUACUUCUCCGAGUACGACACGUAUGGAUCCUGGGUACAGAAAAUGCAUUCAGAUGAACAUCAAGUGGAUUACUCGAGCGAAUAUGCCAGAAAUCCAACCGUCGCAGUUGCGCCGAGUAGUUUAACCGAAGCCGAGUUUAAAAAGUUAGCGCGCAAUCCGAAAAACCCUCUUCCGUACAAGUUUCCUUGUUGCAUGAAACACGAGAAGAUUUGCGAACGCGCGAGAAAAGCGGCACGAUCGAGCGACGGUUUAGUCCACGUUUUAGUAUGGGAAGAGCACAAGAUGCGAUAUCGAGGCACGUCCAGUCAGUGCACGGAUGCGUUGCCGAGAGAGCUGAAAGAAGCAAUGGAGGCGAGCGGCGGCGAUGGCGUUAAGCCCGAUCGUUAG